ACUUGUAGCCCGUCAAUUACGAAAUGACUUUUAAUUCGUUGGUAUAUACUUACACGAACAGUGACUCAUUGACUUCCAAGUCGUUCUAAUUCUACCCGUGUUUUACAAGCUGAGAAUUAAACUCAGCAAGACUUGUAGUGAAACUCAGCAAGACUUGUAGUGAUUCACUGCAAUAUAAAACUAUAACUGCACAAGUAAUCAAUAACAAAAACAAACAACUGAAAUCUUUUAUCCUUCAAGAUGAUUCCCAGAAUAUUUUAUUUCCUUCAGUUUUUCACUCUCUUCACUGUUACUUUUGCUUCCACUGAGGAAGCAACUGCUCUCCUCAAAUGGAAAGCAACUUUCCUAAACCAAAAUAAUUCCUUAUUGGCUUCAUGGACACUAAGUACUGAUUCAUGCAGGGAUUGGUAUGGAGUUAUGUGCUUUAAUGGUCGGAUAAACAGGCUGAAUAUUACGAAUUCUAGUGUUGUUGGUACACUCUAUGAUUUUCCAUUUUCAUCUCUCCCGUUUCUUCAAUAUGUUGAUCUUAGCAUGAACCAGUUUUCUGGUAUCAUCCCCCCUGCAAUAGGAAACCUCACUAAUCUUGUCUAUCUUGACUUGUCGUCUAAUAAGUUUUCAGGCAAAAUCCCACCUCAAAUCGGCUCACUAUCCCAUAGUAAACUUUCUGGUUCAAUUCCUGCAGAAAUAGGGAAAAUGAAGUCACUUGAGAAUUUAUUUUUACAGAGUAAUAAUCUUUCUGGUUUGCCUGGCCUCAAAAUUCUCUACCUUUAUUCUAACCAACUUUCUGGUCCCAUUCCUAAUGAGUUGGGAAAUUUGAAAAACCUCAAUGAUAUGGCGCUAUCCGAUAAUCAGCUUAGUGGUUCAAUUCCAACCACUUUAGGCGAUUUAAUGGAGCUUGAAACUCUCUACCUUUAUUCUAACCAACUUUCUGGUCCCAUUCCUAGUGAGUUGGGGAAUUUGAAAAACCUCAAUGAUAUGGAGCUAUCCUUUAAUCAGCUUAGUGGUUCAAUUCCAACCACUUUAGGCGAUUUAACUGGCCUCAAAAUUCUGUACCUUCAUUCUAACCAACUUUCUGGUCCCAUUCCUAGUGAGUUGGGGAAUUUGAAAAACCUCAAUGAUAUGGAGCUAUCCGAUAAUCAGCUUAGUGGUUCAAUUCCAACCACUUUAGGCGAUUUAACUGGCCUCAAAAUUCUGUACCUUGAUUCUAACCAACUUUCUGGUCCCAUUCCUAGUGAGUUGGGGAAUUUGAAAAAUCUCAAUGAGAUGGAGCUAUCCGAUAAUCAGCUUAGUGGUUCAAUUCCAACCACUUUAGGCGAUUUAACUGGCCUCAAAAUUCUGUACCUUGAUUCUAACCAACUUUCUGGUCCCAUUCCUAGUGAGUUGGGGAAUUUGAAAAAUCUCAAUGAGAUGGAGCUAUCCGAUAAUCAGCUUAGUGGUUCAAUUCCAACCACUUUAGGCGAUUUAACUGGCCUCAAAAUUCUGUACCUUGACUCUAACCAACUUUCUGGUCCCAUUCCUAAUGAGUUGGGAAAUUUGAAAAACCUCAAUGAUAUGGCGCUAUCCGAUAAUCAGCUUAGUGGUUCAAUUCCAACCACUUUAGGCGAUUUAAUGGAGCUUGAAAUUCUGUACCUUCAUUCUAACCAACUUUCUGGUCCCAUUCCUAAUGAGUUGGGAAAUUUGAAAAACCUCAAUGAUAUGGCGCUAUCCGAUAAUCAGCUUAAUGGUUCAAUUCCAACCACUUUAGGCGAUUUAACGGAGCUUGAAACUCUGUACCUUGAUUCUAACCAACUUUCUGGUCCCAUUCCUAGUGAGUUGGGGAAUUUGAAAAACCUCAAUAUUAUGAAGCUAUCCGAUAAUCAGCUUAGUGGUUCAAUUCCAACCACUUUAGGCGAUUUAAUUGACCUCAAAAUUCUGUACCUUCAUUCUAACCAACUUUCUGGUCCCAUUCCAAACGAACUUGCAUAUUUGGAUAACUUGGUUUCCCUGUCAAUGUCUUACAAUGACUUUUCAGGCCAGUUGCCAGAGCGGCUUUGCCAAGGUGGGAAACUUGUGAACUUAACAGUCAAUAGUAACAAUCUUACAGGGCCAAUCCCAAGAAGCUUGAGCAAGUGUUCGAGUUUGAAAAGGGUUCGCUUCGUUAACAACAGUUUUAGUGGGAAUUUAUCUGAUGCUUUUGGCAUCCAUCCAGAGCUUGUGUUCAUUGAUUUGAGUGACAAUGAUUUUCAUGGUGAACUCAGCAGCAACUGGGGGAAAUGCAAAAAUUUGACUGAUCUGCGGAUAGCCAGAAACAACAUUGGUGGCAGCAUACCACCAGAAAUUGGAAACAUCAAAGGGCUUCUAGGACUAGAUCUUUCAUCGAAUCAUUUGAUUGGGCAGAUUCCAAAGGAAUUUGGAAAAUUAACCUCUCUGGUUAAUCUUUUUGUGCAAAACAACUAUAUUUCAGGCAAUAUACCUCGGGAACUUGGGUCACUGAUAAAGUUAGAGUCCCUCGAUCUGUCAGACAACAGAUUGAAUGGGUCGAUCCCAACGUUUAUAGGAGAUUUCAUGCACUUGUUUCAGUUGAACCUGAGCAACAACAAGUUUGGCCAGAGAAUUCCAAUGGAGAUAGGGAGGAUAACUCAGCUUAAUGUACUUGAUUUGAGCCAUAAUCUUCUGGUUGGAGAUAUGCCCCCUCAGUUAGCCAAUUUGAAGGUGUUGGUAAACUUAAAUCUUUCCCACAAUGGCCUAUCUGGGCGCAUUCCGGAAGAACUCGAAAGUUUGACUGGUUUGCAGGAUGUCGUAUUGUCAUACAAUGAGUUGGAGGGUUCAAUCCCUAAUAAUAAAGCUUUUAUGAAUGCUUCAUUGGAAGGUAAUAAAGGUCUUUGCGGCAAUGUAACUGGACUUCAGCCCUGCAAAAGGCCAUCUUCUGUGGUGAAGAAGCACUCAUUGGCGAAGGGACGCAAACUCAUCCUCAUCACUGUACUUCCUGUUAUGGGAGCACUAGUUCUACUCUGUGUUUUCAUUGGUGUUCUGUUUAUGUGUGAUAAAAGAAGGAAAGUUGGAGAUGUUGAAAGAAGGGAUGAUGGUUGGCUUUCAAUAUCCAUGUUAGAUGGAAAGGCAUUGUACAGGGACAUCUUAAACGCCACAGAAGAGUUUGAUGCAAAAUUUUGCAUCGGGCAGGGAGGACACGGAAGCGCUUACAAGGUAAACCUUCCAUCAUUAGGGAAUAUAGCUGUGAAGAGACUUCAUUCUUCAUUUGAGAAUGCACAUCCCAAAAGCUUCAUGAAUGAAAUAAGGGCAUUGACUGGGAUCAAGCACCGGAACAUUGUGAACCUCUACGGCUAUUGUUCGAAUGCACAUCACUCAUUCUUGGUUUAUGAGUAUGUGGAGAGGGGGAGUUUGUCUAGUAUUUUGAGCAAUGAAGUUGAGUCCAAGAAAUUGGAUUGGCUUAAAAGGGUGAAUAUCAUCAAAGGUGUUGCUUUUGCUUUAUCUUACAUGCACCAGGAUUGUUCACCACCAAUUGUUCAUCGAGACAUAUCAAGCAGUAAUGUUUUGCUUGACUCCGAGUAUGAAGCUCGUGUUUCAGAUUUUGGCAUAGCUAAGCUUCUCAAGCCAGACUCAUCCAACUGCACUACGCUAGCAGGCACAUAUGGCUAUGUUGCACCUGAGCUUGCAUAUACUAUGAAGGUUACGCAAAUGUGUGAUGUGUAUAGCUUUGGAGUAUUAUCAUUGGAGAUAAUCAAAGGAAAGCAUCUUGGGGAAUACAUUACUGUGCUAGCAAAUUCAUCGAUAAUAGAUCAUGAGCAGCUUAGCGAUUUGCUGGAUGAACGUCUUCCAUAUCCUGAAGAUAGAGUAAAAGAGGUUUUGUUUUUUAUCAUCAAGCUAGCAUGCUCUUGUUUGCUUGAAACUCCAAAAUCAAGGCCAACAAUGCACUUCAUAUCUCAUAAGUUAUCAUCAAUGGAUGCACGUCCACAUACUCGUCAGAGAAAUCCCCAUGUAAGGCGAGCUACAUAAUCCCUGAUAUGUAUCAAACUAACAUCUCAAUAAACAGAAAUUGUGGUUGUAAAAUAUUGGAGAUAUUUCACUAGAGAAAUAAAUUUCUUCUGCUU